GUGCUUGUUGUUUCCGCACGAGAAUGUCACGUUACCAUCGUCUGCUACGAAUACAACCUUUGUUUUAAUAUCCCGCUUACAACACUCGCCUAGGCUCCUUGUGGAAAAUUGUUUCAGCUAGACAGAGACGCGCACGCGAGUCCGACAGCCAGAAGCUAUGGUGGGGAAAGCGCCACAGACGCUUCUGCAGGACGAAGCGGAUGGAAAUGCAGGCAAACGGGAUGAAAAAUCCAGUCCUGGCGAUGGCGCGGGCGCGGGGCAGAUCAGCAGGGAAACCUCAAACGACAGCGACAAUCCUUCGUCCGGGACGGGUUCCACACCUGCCUCCUCGGCGACCACUACUAGCGAGGGCAAAAGACCCAUGCCCAGCACCUCGGGCCACGGCGACGAAGACAGCCAGCCUCUGAUUUACCACAAGCCCAAGCUCGUGUUGAUUCUGUCGUACGUCCUCCUCAUGGUGGCACUUGCGGACUUGUCGCUAAAUCGAAUUAUCACGAACUUUUCCAUGGACGUUCUGGCCUUGCACACCGUGAUCUGGACGAUUUUCAACGUGCUCCUAUGUCGAGUCGUGAUUUUCGCCACGGUGAACGAUCACGAGGAUUUGCGAGCGCAACAAAUCGACGGCCUGCCCAGGUGGAGCUACUGUCUCACCUCCGUGCGGGCGUUCGGAUUCGCCUGCUCCGCGAUUUUCUUUGCGGGGUGGUUGGUGGCCUUCCAGGUCUACGAACUGCAGAAUGAUGUUUCCAGGACCAUCGGGUGGUUGGGUGAUUCAUUUUUUCCUGACGAUGUUCAACGUCCUAUCUGGACGACUACCAGCGGAACGUCUGCGGCGGAUGACCGGAAGAACUACAUGAAGCAGGAGAAGAUCGACUUCUUCUGGAACGCGGUCUGGUAUCGCUACCCGCGGGACGCCUCGCGGGAAGUUGGGAAGUGCAAGUUUUUCGUUCCGAUCGAGGAGGAAGAAUGGACGCUUUUUUCCACGCCCUGCGUGACCGAACCGGACAGCAAGCAGAACUACUUCGACACCGUGGCGGACUUCGAGCAACAUGUUGGACAGGGGUUGCGGCUACAACAACCCGGCGGAACGAUGCAAGCAUCAGCGGACAUCAACUUCGGAGGAGGUGCACCGGCAAGACCGGUUGAAGAUGACCUCGCCCCGAUCGGGACCACGACGGAAACGAAGCUCGGCGCUGGCUGGGUUCCGAUGCAGUUUUUCCAGGAGAAUCUCGCCCUGCACCUGGACUACUGGCAGCGGAAGUUCUACGUGCUUUCAGGCGAGGACUACUCGAAUUACCGGACCAGAAGCAGUUUGGGUUUGGUCUCGUCCGCGACGAGUGCGGAAUCGGCGGAACAGAGGGAGACCCUCGAAGAGGAGAAAUACGAUAUGAUACGGUUGCUCAACUACCACGGUGUCAUCGCGUGGUCCUUCUUCACGGGGAUCAUGUUUUCCGACCUGUCCAACUACUCCCUCGUGCCCGGCCUGUGGAACGACUGGGGGCUGUGGUUCCACCACGGCUACUCGAUCUGGAGCUUCGUCCUCUGCUUGUGGUUGAACUUUCAGGGCUUCUUUUGGAUCGUCCUCGCGCCGCCGUGCGGGGAGCUGGGCACCGGGUUUUUCACCUUCGCCGCCCUCCGGAAAGGGUCCAAAACACGACAGCUCCUCUACCGGUACGGAAUGGUGUUCUCCAACACUUUGCUGAUGCUGAUGUGGAUGCUGUGCUGGUGGGCGGCGCACCUGCACCGCUUUGCGUUCGGCUUCUUCUUGACCUUUUGUUUCAUCUGCCUCUGCUUCGGCCGGGACUACGUCAUGCGGGCCAAUUUGCACAAGUGGAACUACGCGGAUGCCGGUGCGGAUCUGACUAGUAAAGCCGAGAAGAAGGCGGGAGCCUGUUUGGGAAAGAAGGAAAUUUGAGUUUCGUUUGAGAAAAGUAUGAUACGGAAUGAUCUGCGAAAUUUUUCACGGUUUUUUUUGUCUAUUUGUGCUGCCAUUUGUUGCUUGUGCCAUUUUCUGACUCACAUACUUUUUUGGAUUUCCAUUAAGAAUUUCCACCAGAAUUACACUUUUUCAACAUCAUAAUUUGCUGUGCAUGAGUUUCUAAAGAAAGUAGUACUUUAUAUAUUGCAUCUGUUGUUACAAUUGGUAUUUUUUAUGUAUUUUUACAAGUCGAAUUUUUUUGGAGUAGUCUGUACUCAACUCGGCCAAUGCUUGAUAGGAUUCAUGAUCAUAAUUACGGACAUGGCAGGCUUCCAAGAAGACUCCGCACACGACACUUUGUGAUUCAGCAUCGAUCCUUCCUCAUGUUUCACCGUUUUAUCCACAUAUCUUCGACAUUGGCAUUACUUACGCAUCCCAGAGCAUGCGCUGUGUUUCAAUGUCUAUACUGCAUCCGGCGACCGCGUACUUUGCCUGCCUGCUGCACUGGUAGCGACUGGCGAAUGCAAGACGAUUAAGUAGGCCCUGCAACGAACGUGCGCGCGAGCCGGUCCGUUGUGGAGUCGUUUUCUCUCAUGAACAUAUUUACUUAGUUCUGAUUUUGUAGUGACGAGAGGAAUCCAUUUGGUUUACUUCGAUGAUUUCAUUAGCGCCUAGGGCGUCACUCUAUGCAACGGCACAGCAUCAUGAUUGUGACCCGUUUAUGCAGGAAGUGAAUUUUGACUAUGACUUUUCGUCGUGGCGUG